AUGUCUUCCAACGAGUACUAUGACGAGUCUUCCACGAAGACUGAAACCAAAAUUACCACUGAGCAAGGCUCCAGUGUAGUCAGCGAGAGUCGUAGGUCAGAGUUUGAGACUCUACAACGCCGGGCUACGUUGAAGAUCGAUUUAAUUAUUAUUCCUAUACUUACCAUGUUCUAUUUGUUAAGUUUUUUGGAUCGAGCCAACAUCGGGAAUGCCAGAGUUGCUGGUCUCCAAAGAGACCUCAAAAUGACCAACCACCAAUACUCUACGGUACUUACCAUAACUUACGUCCCGUAUAUUGUUUGCGAAUUGCCAUCGAACUUGCUUCUCAAGAAACUUGGACCUCAUAGACUCCUGCCCGGGAUUGUUUUUACAUGGGGACUUGUUACUGCGCUGCAAGGUCUUGUUCACAGUUACUCAGGACUCAUCGCCACUCGAUUCUUCCUCGGGUUGACUGAAGGGGGUCUCUUGCCCGGUCUUGUUCUUUAUAUGAGCUACUUUUAUCGGCGUGACCAGCUUCAACUGCGAGUUGCUCUACUCUUUAGUGCAACCUCGUUGGCUGGUGCAUUCUCCGGGCUCCUGGCUGCAGCGAUUGUGAAUUUAGAUGGAAGACAUGGCCGCCCUGGUUGGGCAUGGAUCUUUAUUCUGGAGGGCGUUUUCACCGCACUCUUUGGACUAUUUGCUUUCUUCGUUAUGCCUUCAUCGCCUCGCCAAGUUAUCGGACUCUCAGAAGCAGAAACUGAAGCAAUCAAUGAGAUGUUAAGGCUGGACGGUAACGAUGGUACCGGUCAUGAGCCAUUCUCCUGGUCUUCUGUGUUCGACGCGUUCAAGGCUCCUCAAGUUCUUCUAUUAUGCAUCCCGCUUUUCUUUAGUGGUGUAACACUUUUCGGUCUUGCGUUCUUCGCACCAUCCAUCGUGAACUCUCUCGGCUACUCCCCGGUCCGCACUCAGUUGAUGACCGUCCCACCAUAUGCAGUCUCCUUCGUAGUGAGCCUCGUCCUCGCAUAUAUCUCUGAUCGCUAUAAACUUCGUGGACCUGUGUUGUUUGUCACCGGAGUUAUUGCGACCGCUGGAUAUGCAAUCUACCUGACUCAAACCAACAGACAUGUCCUAUACGGCUCCUUGUUCUUGCAAAUUCCUGGGGUGUACUCAUCUGCCCCAACUCUGAGUGCAUGGAUGGCGAAUAAUGCCUUGCCCUACUACAAACGUGCUACAGCUGUUGCCCUAGCAUUUGUCUUCUCUAAUCUUGGGGGUAUUGUUUCUACUUGGAUCUUUCCGGAUCCUCCUCGCUAUACAACUGCGACACGUCUCAACCUCGCUUGCGCAGCUGGGCUUUGCGUAUUUGCAAUCAUUAUUGACCUGUACCUUAUCGUCCAGAACAAACGCAAGGAAGCUAUCCUUGCGAGUCCUGAAUAUGGUCGUAAUGGAGAAGACAGUGCGGAGGAACAGCAACGCUUGGGUGAUAAACAUCCCAAGUUCAAAUUGAGCAUGGUCAAUCAUACCCUUCCAAAUAUAAACUCGAAAAAAGAACAAAAGACAUCUAAGUUAUCUUCCCAAGCAUCCGAGCCCCACAUCAUCCUCGAGCUUGCAACCCAAGAGACGGAGCAUUAUACAAGUCACGUGCCGGUAGCUUUGACUGUCUUCUCCCCUGACGGACAUCUCUUUCAGGUAGAAUAUGCUGCGGAAGCUGUAAGGAAAGGAACAUGUGCUGUUGGAGUUAGAGGGAAGGAUGUUGUUAUUCUCGGAGUGGAGAAAAAAUCCGUUCUCCAACUUCAAGACCCUAGAACUGUGCGCAAAGUCGUAAUGUUAGAUGAUCAUAUUUGCCUUGCAUUUGCUGGUCUAACUGCUGAUGGUCGAGUCCUGAUUGACAAGGCAAGAAUUGAAUGUCAAUCCUAUCGCCUGACGGUCGAAGACCCAGUCUCUGUGGAGUACAUUACUCGCCACAUUGCUGGCAUUCAACAGCGUUAUACCCAAUCUGGUGGAGUGCGUCCGUUCGGGAUCUCCACGCUUAUCAUUGGUUUCGACCCCAACGACGCUCGCCCACGAUUGUACAUGACCGAACCGAGCGGUAUCUAUAGUGCAUGGAAGGCCAAUGCAAUUGGUCGUUCAUCCAAGACUGUACGAGAAUUUUUGGAGAAGAAUCACCGCGAUGACAUGACUCGCGAGGAAGCUAUCAAGUUGACAGUGAAGAGCUUGCUAGAAGUUGUACAAACGGGCGCCAAGAACAUUGAGAUCAGUGUUAUGGAAAGCUAUGGGAAGGUUACUAACCUUGAUCUUUCCCAAGUUGAGGCCAUUGUAUCAGAAAUAGAACGAGAGAAAGAAGCAGAGGCCGAACGCAAACGGUCACGUGUAGCUGCAACUGCGGCCAGCCAGGCGGCGAUGGCAGCAGGGAUUUCAGGUUCUGCCCCGCCAUCUGGACCUGUAACAGGGGCAAACACUCCUCGCCCAGGUGCUUGA